GAUGUUAGCCCACCAGGCCCACCGGGGGAAGGAUAUAAAAAAGGAGCAGGCAGGCUGGAGUGGCACCUUGGGCACCCCCUGAAGCCGGGAUGCAGAGCUGCUGGGCACUGGUGAUGCUGCUUGUGGGGGUGGCCUCAGCAGCCCCCACACGGUCUACCCCUCUCAGCUAUGAGCAGGUUCUGGCGUCUGCGGUUUCCACCUACAACCAGGAGCUGGGCCAGGAGAACGCCUUCCGCCUGCUGGAAGCCGAGCCCCUGCCAGAUUGGGACCCUUCUGCCAAAACCAUCCAAUCUCUGAAAUUCUCCAUCAAAGAGACGGUUUGCUCCACAGCCGAGAACCUGGACUUGAGCCAGUGUGACUACAAAGACGAUGGGGUUGACAGGGACUGCUCUGGGUUCUAUUCUGCUGAUCAGGAUCCACCACUGAUCAUCGUCCAGUGUGAAGAUAUGGAUCAGGAGCUGAACCGCAUCACCCGUAGCCGCUGGAGAAGAUUCUGGAGGAAAACCAAGAAUUUUGUAAAGCAGCAUGGUGUCAGCAUUGGUCUGGCAGCCCUGCGACUACGUGGAUAGCAAUGGCCGGAGAAAACCAACCUACAGCUGGUUGCAGUCCUUCGAGACGCACUGCCACAAUUGCAUGGAAAAGAUACCUGGGGAGUUGUGCCUGCAGUCUUUGAAAGCCCCAUGUUGCUUCUCACACAGCUCCUUUCUUUUCCCUUUUCCUGAUGCAUGCCGUAAGACUUCAGUCCAUAAUA